CGAAUGCAUAGUUUUUGGCGUUUACUAAACAAACCUCGUAUUGAUGACUGGAGCCCUUUAGCCAAAUUUUUCUAUGCAGACGAUGCUCUAAAUAUUAUUGCUCAAGAAUUGGAUUCUUUUGAUGGUAGACGAGAUCCUGAACGUUGUAGUCAAUUAGUCACGGAAAUGGUUUUAAUUUGUUUUCCACAUGAAAAUGAAAGGACGGGUCGAGAUUAUCGAGUAAAAUUUCCCGAUGAGAUAGUUCAUGAUAAUUUGCCUGGACAAUUGUGGUUUGGGGCUGAAUGCUUGGCUGCUGGAUCCAAUAUUGUUGACCGCGAAGCAGAAAGCGAAUCAAUUCGCCCUAUGGCUAAAACAUUUGUUCGUCACCUUGAGAAAUUGAGAGAUCAACUUAAGGAGCAAGCAAUUCGUGAUCCUAGCCAUUACCCCGACUCUAUAAGAACUCAAUUACAAGUUUUUGACCGUUUAUUUGCUGAAUUUGAAUUUGCCUAUGUAAGCGCCAUGGUGCCUGUUAAGUCUGUUCGAGAAUAUGAUCGACAGCUUGAUGUUGCCGUCCUUUUUUCUGAUUGUCUUACGAGAGCAAUCAAAGUUGGAUAUAUCAACAGGGAACAAAUUGAUGACUGUGAUCCAAAUGUUAUUAUUGCAUUGCCAAGACUUGCUAUUGUUUGGGGCCUUCUUUAUUACCCAGAUGGGGCUUUAGACGUUAAAAAAGACAAGGACGCCUUUUCUGAAAUGUUCCGUCAUUUUCAUAAAUUGCUUAUAAUUGUGAGGAAUUUGUUGUUAACGCUUUCGGCCGAGGAACUUUGUCAAUUGGAAUUAAAAUUGGUUACUGGAAGUGAUGAAUAUACCCCUCCAGCUUCGAUUAGAACACUUGAACAACAAUUUGAAUGUGACAGUAUAAUAAACAGCCCAAAAAUUGAAAUGGACCAACACAAAUUGAUUGAACGCAAUUCAAAUGAAUAUGAUCCAAGAGAUGAUUUUCCUGAACCAGGAAUAGGUUAUGUUAUGAGAAAUCCGAGAUGUUCUCAACUUAUUCCUCUGAAUGCGGAAAAAUCUGAAUGUUGUGACCGUUCACUUUACGGAAAUUCUGAUAGUUUAAUUCAUCGUUUAUUUGUUUGUGUUGCUGGUAUUGCUGAUCAAUUACAAACAAAUUAUUCUUCUGAAGUUAGAAAAGUGUUAAAAAUGGUUUUGCAGCCAGUUGAAUCUGUGCCCGUCUAUGAGAUUAGUGGAAAAACUGCCCCAAUUCCUGAAAAUGAAGAGGAGACAGGUGUGGAAGUAAGAGAAACUUUGCCUUUACCUACUUUUGUUGGUGUUCGUUGGGUUCCUGAUUCUGAAUGUGAACAAUGUACGGCUUGCUCAAGUUUAUUCACUCUAGUUCGUCGUCGACAUCAUUGCAGAAAUUGUGGACGGAUAUUUUGUGGUAAUUGCUCAACCAACCAAAUUGCUAUUCCAGAAUUGGGUUAUGACAAAAAGGUUCGUGUAUGUGACUUAUGUUUUGAUUCUCGUAUUGAUCAAUCAUCAUCACCACAACCACAACAACAUUUAGAAUUAUCUCCACAAAAUUCCAUUCCUUCUUCACUUUCAUCACCAAUAGAAACAAAUAAUUUACAACAACAACAAAUAGUAAAUAUUGAAAAUUCUUCCCCUCCUUCCUCUUCUUCCUCAUCUUCUGCUGCCUUUCCUUCUACAACAACACUUUUUUCUUCUUCUUCUUCUGCUCAACAAACACAACAACAACAACAACAACCAGCACAAGCAUCAAAUUGUUGA